CCACAAUUCACAAACAACAUCAAUAAUCAAUCAUCAAACAAAAAUGGCGAUGGUAAGUCUCGCUAGGCGUAGAGCAGCGACGCUGUUUGCUUCAUCGUCAAACUACUCUUUCAAUGUCACCAGGGGAUUCUCCUCGGGAUCUGAUGAAAACGACGUUGUCGUUAUUGGCGGCGGCCCCGGUGGUUACGUCGCCGCUAUCAAGGCGGCGCAGCUUGGCCUCAAGACCACCUGCAUCGAGAAGCGUGGGACUCUCGGUGGAACCUGCCUCAACGUCGGCUGCAUCCCUUCUAAGGCGUUGCUUCAUUCCUCCCAUAUGUAUCAUGAAGCUAAGCAUUCAUUCGCCAAUCAUGGUGUAAAGGUUGCUUCUGUUGAAGUUGAUCUACCGGCUAUGAUGGCUCAAAAAGAUAAAGCUGUGGGUAAUUUGACCAAAGGCAUUGAGGGUUUGUUGAAGAAGAACAAAGUAACAUACGUCAAGGGAUAUGGCAAGUUCCUUUCCCCAACUGAAAUUUCUGUUGAUACUCUCGAUGGAGGAAACACAGUUGUGAAAGGAAAGAACAUCAUUAUAGCUACUGGUUCUGAUGUCAAAAGUCUCCCAGGAAUAACUAUUGAUGAAGAGAAAAUUGUAUCGUCUACUGGUGCGUUAGCCUUAAAAGAGAUCCCUAAGAAACUUAUAGUUAUAGGGGCUGGGUAUAUUGGUCUUGAAAUGGGUUCAGUUUGGGGUCGGCUGGGGUCAGAGGUUACCGUGGUUGAAUUUGCAUCAGAAAUUGUUCCGACCAUGGAUGGUGAAGUCCGGAAGCAAUUUAAACGUUCCCUCGAGAAGCAGAAGAUGAAAUUCAUGCUCAAUACUAAGGUGGUAUCUGUUGACACCGCAGGAAAUGGUGUGAAGUUGACCCUCGAACCAUCAGCUGGUGGUGAACAAACAACUCUUGAGGCUGAUGUGGUUCUUGUUUCUGCGGGUAGAACUCCAUUCACUGCUGGGCUUCAGUUGGAUAAGAUAGGUGUUGAAACCGAUAAAGUUGGACGGAUUUUGGUGGACAAGCGGUUCACGAGCAAUGUACCUGGUGUGUUUGCCAUUGGUGAUGUUAUUCCAGGUCCUAUGCUAGCUCACAAGGCCGAAGAAGAUGGUGUUGCCUGUGUGGAAUUUAUUGCUGGGAAAGAAGGGCACGUGGACUAUGAUCUGGUCCCUGGAGUUGUGUACACGCAUCCUGAGGUGGCGUCUGUUGGAAAAACUGAGGAACAGGUGAAAGCGCUUGGAGUUGAAUAUCGUGUGGGCAAGUUUCCGUUGUUAGCAAACAGCAGAGCAAAGGCGAUUGAUGAUGCUGAGGGAUUGGUCAAGAUUCUUGCUGACAAGGAGACAGAUAAGAUAUUGGGUGUCCACAUAAUGGCACCGAAUGCAGGGGAGCUUAUACAUGAGGCUGUUUUGGCGUUGCAUUAUGGAGCAUCAAGUGAAGACAUUGCUCGCACUUGCCAUGCGCAUCCAACUAUGAGUGAGGCGUUGAAGGAAGCUGCCAUGGCCACUUAUGACAAGCCCAUUCACAUUUAGAAACUUGCAUUCUUAUUUCGUUUUUGUUGUUUUUUGAAAUUUCUUGACUGAAGUUUGCACAGGUUUUCUCGAUUCGUGCCCCCUUCCUUACACACAAAAAAGAUUUGAUAAUUGAACAAGAUUUAAUGGUGCUUCCUUCAUUUUCACUUGUUCUUGUUCAUUAUUGUACUGUGAAUUUGAAUGUUCAUUCCAGAUGAUUAUGUAAUAACUUGAGAAGCAAUUCAAAUGUUGGAGCUUUUGUUAAAGCUGAAGUUAUAUGCAAUUAUGUUGAAUGA